GAUACAUGUGAUUGGUGGUGGUGGCCGGCGUCUGUUAUUGUAUUAUUUUACGCAUUUUCGUAAAAAUAGUCCAUUCUAAGCGUUGUCAGGCCCUUGGUUUGGCCUAGGACAUUGCAGGGGGGGGGGGUAUUGCAGAUUGCUCCUCAAGGCUCAAACAGUGAAUUGGAAUGCCUACCGAGUCCACUUCAACUUCCUCCGCAGUUAGCUUAUUUUGAAAAUUAAUAUUUGCUCAUUUCUAUUUGCUCUAAUGAAUAUUGUUUUGAAUGAACUUAUUUUUGCACAUAUUUAGUUUUUUCUUAUGAAGCCUUGGUUCUUAUUAUAAAAUAAGAUUGGCGCUGGCUGCAAGUUUAAUUUCUGUCUUCUGAAUCUCUGGACUCUGGGCUGAAGAAAACCACUCAUUCUAGAAAUCUGUGAGCAGCUGACAGCAGUAAUGCCAACUGUUCUGGCACUGGAUGUGUCGCUCUCUAUGAGCCGACCUGUGUUCCAGCAGGACCGCUCAGAAGAACCUCCCACUGUCCGCCAGCUGGCCAUUAAGGGCAUUCAUGCGCUGCUUAACCACAUUCACCACAACUGCAAGCUAGAAUUUGCUGCUUUGGCGGUGUACAGUUCUAUGUACGAGAUUCUCGGUUCAUUUACACGCGACUUUGACCAGCUGAAGAGCCGCCUCGCCUCGCUGGCCGAGUAUGACAAGUCGUGUGUGGAGACUGCGCUGCUCGGCGUCAAGGCGGUCGUAGCCGAGGAGUGGGGCAGCGGCACCGCCUGUCAGGUGAUCAUAAUCAGCGACGGCAGUCUGGGCGUGGGCGACUCGUCGCUGCGCCAGCUGGUGGCCGGCAGCCGGCUGCACCUGCCCUUCUUGUUCCCCUGCCGGCUGGACGUGGUGCUGCUCGGCGAGCGGGCGGAGCUGGAGCGGCGCGGCGCGCCGGCCGCCUUCCAGCGGCUGGUGGAGCUCAGCGGCGGCGAGGGCGCCGUGCACACGCCCGAGCCGCCGCUCUCCGCCAAGUCGACGCUGGCGCUGUUCCGUCGUCUGGCAGAGACCAACUACGCUCCGUUCAGCGGUGUACUCCACUGUGGCGGACUGUCCUCGCGAGUCACACUCUGUCCUCCGCCACAGACGUACAACCGGACGCGUGACUUUGAGGCUGUGAAGAGGACAGUGUCCCCGGAGCUGCGUAUCUGCGGGUUCCUCUCUGUGGCUGACGUUGCCAGUCCUCCGGCCUUCUCCCGGCACCUGGUGCUCCCAGCGCCGUCAGAAUCUGGAGAUGCUCCGGGCGAGCCGUGCUCAGAGGAAGACGAGAACGCGCGCACCGCCUGCUUCUGCGUCCUUUUACAUGGCGGACUGAAGAGGGAGAACGCUGCGGCGCUGGUGAACGUCGGGGAGGACUGGUACGGUAUCGUUUACUCGUGGGCUGAUAACAAGAAAAAGGCUAACCUCAUGCUUUCAUUGUUUGAACCAGGCACGAACGUGCUUCCCUGGCUGGGCGACUUCACGAACCUGGGGCCCGCGGUGCCGGGCGCGCCGUCGCCGUUCCCGAUCAAGGUGUCCCGUAAGCGCAGCUACCAGCAGACGUGCGUCACGUGGACGCGCCAGUCCGGCCUGCACUCGGACGUACAGAAGGUUCUCCGGCACGCCCGAAAACUGCCCGACAAGACGCAGAACUUCUACAAGGAGCUGAACCGCCUGCGGAGCGCGGCGCUCUCGUUCGGCUUCUACCAGGUACUGGAGAGCGUGGCCGUAAUCCUGGAGCGUGAGUGUACCCUCCUACCGGGCAACGCGCACCCGGACUGUGCGCUGCAGCUGACCCACGCGGCCACGGCACUGCGCCACCCCGAGCACCGGCAGCCGGGCAAACCGAUCCAGCCGCUCAGCACGCGGUUCCAGCAGGGCAGCUGAGUAGGGUGACGUGGCCGGGGCGCUGCGAACUCGGUCAGUGGGGGUGCUGUGGCUGGGUGAGGGCAGUGAGGCUGUCUGGAGGUGUCGCUGUGUGCGGAGGGUGGAUUACCAUGGCGCUGUGGUCAUCAUGAGUGUUUGUUUUGUCGUGAGUGUGGGUGAGUUGUACUUGUAUGUGGCGACGCGGUGUUUAGUACGUGGUUUCAUAAUUCAUAUAUCAUCACUUUGGUGGUGUAUUACGAGCAAAGUGUUUUUUUUUUUUUAGCUCAUCCCGCAUUUUCACACAUUAAUUGCAAUAAACAUUUUGUGCUA